GGGGCGAGUCAGUGACCGCGAGUUCUUCUCUCGGGGCGUGCUAUAAACGCGCCUGCACGCGUGUGAGAUCGUCGUGGGAUACGGUUUGACUUGCAUAUAUACUCUGAGCGUGCGUUCACGAGGACUAUAGAGCACAUAAGAUACGGAGGAAUACGGCCUAUCAUUGAAGCGAGUGGUGUGUGCUGAGCGAAGUCGCAGUAUGAGGCAAGACGUCCCGUAGCGAUAACCAGCGGGCAUGGCUCUCACCUCUCUGCCUGCAUGACUGAGCUGGCGGCGUGCACACGCACUACGACAAUUGACACCGCAUUGCUGCAACGUCGACGAGAAAAGACGCUGCGAGCAAAAGGAUGCUGCGAGGAGAAGAGAUAGAUUGAACUUUGCCUGGAGACACCUGUUGAUGUCUUCUCGUUCGCGUUGACACUUGUUAAGGCUUACGCCCACUGCGUGAAACGCCGCCUCGACAGGCACUGCAUGCCGAUCUCGUUCUCCGUGGCUGGCUGCAGACGAACGACUGGAGCCAUCGCAAUGUCGUCGGCGCUCAAGAAAACGAUAUGCGGCUUGCUCGCAUGCACCUUCGUGUUGGCUUUCAAUCAGUACACGCACACGCCACCAGCGAUUGCGAUCACGCCAAAGGCGGCCGCACCGCAAAACCUCUCUACGGUGGCGCCACCACCCGGCGACACGAUCAGCGUCGUCGGCGCCGACCGGGUGUUCACGUACGGCCGCGACGUACCGAUCAUUUUUAUAGGAGGCGUCCCGCGCAGCGGCACGACGCUCAUGCGCGUCAUGCUCGACGCUCACCCGGACAUCCGCUGUGGCGAGGAGUCGCGAGUGCUGCCGCGUCUCGUCGGCAUGCGCAACCAGUGGUACGCGUCGCCGCGCGAGGUGUGGCGCCUCGAGGCGGCCGGCCUGCGACGCGACGUCAUCGACGACGCCGUCGCCGCCUUCAUUCUGAAGGUGAUCGCGCAGCACGGCGAGCCAGCGCCGCGGCUCUGCAACAAGGACCCGUUCAUGAUGAAGAGCGCCACCUACCUCGCCGACAUGUUUCCCGGCGCCAAGUUCCUGCUGAUGGUGCGCGACGGUCGCGCCACCGUUCAUUCGGUGAUCACGCGCGGCGUCACCAUCUCGGGCUUCGACCUGCGCAGCUACAGGCAGUGCAUGGCCCGCUGGAAUCUGGCCAUGUUGGCGAUGCACAGGCAAUGCGAGGAGGUGGGUCCCACGCGCUGCAUGCACGUGUAUUACGAACAGUUGGUGCUGCAUCCAGAGACAGAACUCCGCAAGAUUCUUAAGUUCCUCGAUGUUCCAUGGCAUGACUCAGUUCUGCACCACGACGAGCUCAUAGGCAAGAAGAUUUCUCUUUCCAACGUCGAGAGAAGCUCAGACCAGGUGAUCAAACCAGUGAACCUAGACGCUCUCAGCAAUUGGGUGGGGAAGAUGCCACCCGAUGUCAUCAGGGAUAUGCCAGUGAUUGCCCCAAUGCUACAGGUACUGCAUUAUGAUCCCCUAGCCAACCCUCCCAACUACGGCCAACCAGAUAACUGGGUGCGCAGGAACACGGAAGAGAUCGAGCAACAUAAAGCCACCUGGGCAAAGAAAGCAUCGCUGUAUGUAAAGAAUCCAAACACUGGGCGGAUUAAGUCGCAUAAGCUCUCGCAGGACAAUACUAAAAGUUUCAAAUUUAGAAACAUUCAAGGCAGUUGAUGAAUGAUGGAAGUACACAUUAUCACAGAAUCCGUUACCCACAGUAGACCUUUGUAUUUGCACCCACAAGUCACCUGAAUUCACGAACCAAUAGGAUUUUCGCUAAGGUCGACGUAUGAUAUGCGUACUGCCCCCUGUGUUAUUACCGCAGCGGAUUGCACUCCCUCAUCUCUAUAUAUUAACAGUGUUAUCUAGUUUUUUACUAUUUAUAGCAGGACCUGAUUAUCACCAUUCCCUACUAUCUACUCCUGAUAUCACUGAUUGCACAGCGUUCCCACACGUGGUGCCAUCUGUUGGAGAUAUUCUCUGGUAUCAAUAUGUACUAGCAUCAAUCUCUAAGCCGAGAUUGCGGUAAAGAUACAAUGGCUAUUCAAUGGAAUGUAACUCUAAUCAUAGCUAUCUAUACUAGAUAGAAUAUCAGUUGAGAGCUGCUUAAGAGCAUGUAGUACAUGUACAUAUAGAUAUUUAUGGCUUGUAUGAUAUCUAUGACAUAUGACUAUCAAUAAUGUGACCAUCUUAGCGUUGAGGGUGUAUGAGCUAGCAUAUGGGCGAUUUGAUUUUAAUUUAUUUUAUUUAUAUGGUUGAAAUAGUGUCAUGCAGCAUUUACUCGAUUUUUUCCUGCUGCUACCAUUAUAGGCCUAUAAAUUAUAGUUGCACUAAAACAAGAGGUAUAUACAGGCAAUUUUCUGUCAAUUUGCUGCAAACUAAGUUGUGUGGAAGUCUCGUUUGUGUUGUGAAAAAAUACGCAGAACACAGCAUAUAGUCGUGUUUUAUUCGCUUCUGCUCGGCAAUCAACGAAACCGUAUUCAGAACGAACAAAUAUCAAAAUGCUGAUUUAGACAUUUAGACAUGUGUUUGCGAUACCAGCUUCUAAGAGCAUCAAUAGUUAUAAGACAAAACCACAAUAUUGUUUAUGCAGGCCAGGCCAUGGAUGCAUUUGCGCAUAUGUUUCGCACCUGGUUGUUGUGCAAUCGUGGUAACACAUCGAAAGUAUAUAUAUAUAUAUAUAUACUAACAUAAUAUUUAUAAAUGAAUCGGUUCUAGUCAGACACGCCCUAAUGAGACAAUGUACAAUGUAACUUGGAAUAGUACGUACGCCGUGAGAAACUAAUGCGCAGUUCUUAAAACAAACGUAUAUGGGAUUAGAAAUCAAAAAUAGCGUUUAACAUGAACAUGGAUACUCAUAGCUGAGUAUACAUAAUAUGUUCAUGCGUAUAUAUAUAUAUAUGUAUAUAUAUAUAUAUAUAUAUAUAUAUAUAUAU